AUGGAGCUCCGAACAGAGAUGGGCAAGUUCCUGAGGCCGUCCGUCAACCAGUCCCCGACGCUGGAGAAGUGCAUCUUCAACCAAGUCUCUGCGAGGGAGCCACUUCCUGAGAUUUUGUUCCCCGAAGACACAAAUAAGCCCUCGACCACGGACGUCCUCGGCGAGGGCGCUUGCGACUACAUCUACUUGGGCGUCUUUGGCGAGUCCAUGUGCAAGCUCACCGGUGGCUGGUUCACGGCCCCUGACGGCUGCUCGUACCAGUUCACGGGGUGCGGCACCGGGCUCGGCAACUUCUGUCUCUCGAACGAGGAUGGCUCUCUCAAGUCGUGCCCCCUUGUCUGGGACCGCCACGACCGCGAGGGCGAUGGCUGUAGCAAUGAGUAUGGGAGCUACUGGGUCGACCGGUACUUCAUCUUCUGGGCGACUUCUUCGGUGAUGCCCCAAGGUGAUGUCGGCGACUCGGCCUGUGACGGCGAGAUGACAAUGGCGAGGGGAUGCGUUAUGAGAUGA